GCGGGCUUUCUCCGCAAGUGGGCGACGACGUACCGCGCGCUGGGGCGGGGCGAGUGUGCGGUGGCGGACCCGACGCUGAGGGAGAUCAUCGGGAGGGAGCCGACGCCGUUCGAGGAGACAGUGAGGGAGAUGUGGGGCGUCGACGGGGAGGGUGCGGUGGAUCCGUAUGCACGGUGACGGUCAUGUAUGUACGAGUAUACAGAAGUAAAAUUUCCAGCCAUAGCUUACAACGCCCGUCGACGACUACGAGGCGAACGCACAACGUACUGACGCGGGGCGCGCACCGACAAUCGUGUCCUCGACGUCGACCACGACGGCGGCCAGUGUUGCUCACCUCUGCUCUGCUCGCUCGUCUGGCCGAUGUCUGCGCUCGUCUGCAUGUCCUGCUUGCUGCCCGCCUCGUCUGUGUCUCCACUGCUCGCUGGGUGUCGACCUUGUCGCUGGCUGCCUGUGUCUGCCUUGUGCGACUGUCCGAGGAGAAACGGAGAGAUAGGCCCAGUUUCAGUGCACAAAGGAGCACACGUGCUCAAGGCCCUUUAGUAGUGCAGCAGAGAGCUCGCGCGGUCACGGCACUUAGUGAGGGUGCGAUCGCAGCGCACAAGGCCGUCAGGGAGACGACUCCGACGCAGACAUGCACUUAAAAACGCAAGUGCGCGGCGCGCAAGGUACGUUGUGUCUACUGUAAAAUACGGUA